AUGCACGCCCCGACUUCUUCGUAUGGCCACGACCUUCGCAGAGCAAGACAUUCGUCUUUCAACGGCGGAAUACCGCUUCACGCCUUCCAUCGAGGUCGAGAUGUUGAAAGACAAGCCACAGCCAAAGAUGACUGCACAUCUGCAUCCAUGGGGAAAUUUAGCGAUUGUUUGUUCCAAAGUGGUGAAAACUCAUCAAUUUCAAGGCCCCUGUCUUCCAAGAGCGAUCUGUCAUUACACACCGAAGUAAACUCUGUCUACGGUUCGUCAUCAUCACUUCCGGCUUUCACGAAAACCGCAUCGUUUCUUCGACGAAACUCACAGUCUGCAAAUGUCAGGUCUGCCAAUGGCAGACCUGAAAAGGAGAGUGGCAAACGAUUGGUAUAUCAGUUUUUGAAUUUGGAAGAUGGUAGCGCUGAAAAACCAGAGACUCAAGUUUCCCACACAUCACGACCUUCCAUGUCGUCUUCGGCUUCCCAGGAACACGAGUCGUUAUCGCAUUAUCUCCUGUGUGAUCUGAAAGAUGCAACUGCGUUACACGAUGGCGGUUUCCGGGACUUAACUUGCUCUGGUUCCAAAACUACCUGCACUCAAAGCAUUACUUUGGCCGACGAACUCACCAAAUUCGACAAAAACCUCCGCAGUACCUUAGCGGACCUGAUGAGCAAAGACCAAGCGAUGAACGAGGCCUCAAAAGAUCUGGAUACGUUGCAGGUGGAAAUACACAGGAUCCAACAGGACAUUCAGGAUGUUCAGAUUCAGGUGGCUGGACACGACGUUAAGGUCCAAUCUGCUUUCCAAACUCAAGAUGCAAAUUCAUUCAUUUCCAAACUCACCGCAGAUAUAUCUUCCUACAGUGAGCAGCUUACUGCGUUCGAGAGACACAUCGGUAAAUGCAAGACUGAACUAAUGGAGCAUAAGGCCACCGUGCAUAAGUUCGAGACCACUAUUAAGCUCAACGAGAUGCUACGAGACUCACAAAAUAGCAUGUGUGUGUCAGACCGACUACGUGAAUACAAAGGCAUUAUCACCGACCUUUUGGCUUUAAUUAUGGUUAUCGUGGUGUCAGUGAUGCUCAAAAGGUUCUUGACGCACAAAUGA